CACUUUAAGAAAGGAGUAGCUGUAAUCUGAAGCCUGCUGGACGCUGGGUCGCUGGGUUGGGAGGCAACUAUUCACUCCACUGCUUGAUAGAGCCCCCUCUGGGUGCAGGCUGAGAGGGACCUAAACUCAGUGAGGAGCUGCAGUGGACCACAGUUCCAGGAUGCAGGCCCUGGUGCUAUUCCUCUGGAUGGGAGCCUUGCUUGGGCAUGGCAGUAGCCAGAAUGUCGCCAGCAGCUCUGAGGGCUCCCCAGCCCCUGACAGCACAGGGGAGCCAGUGGAGGAGGAGGACCCCUUCUUCAAGGUCCCUGUAAACAAGCUGGCAGCAGCCCUUUCCAACUUCGGCUAUGACCUGUAUCGCCUGAGAUCCAGUGCAAGCCCAACUGCCAACGUUCUGCUGUCUCCACUCAGCGUGGCCACAGCCCUCUCUGCUCUUUCUCUGGGAGCUGAACAGCGAACAGAGUCCAUCAUUCACCGGGCUCUUUACUACGACUUAAUCAGCAAUCCGGACAUCCACAGCACCUACAAGGAACUCCUUGCCUCCGUUACUGCCCCAGAGAAGAGCCUCAAGAGUGCUUCCAGAAUUGUGUUUGAGAGAAAACUUCGAGUAAAAUCCAGCUUUGUUGCACCUCUGGAGAAGUCAUACGGGACCAGGCCCAGAAUCCUCACUGGCAACCCUCGGAUAGACCUCCAGGAGAUUAACAACUGGGUGCAGGCCCAGAUGAAAGGGAAACUUGCUCGGUCCACAAGGGAAAUGCCCAGUCCCAUCAGCAUCCUCCUCCUCGGUGUGGCUUACUUCAAGGGGCAGUGGGUAACUAAGUUUGACUCGAGAAAGACGACCCUCCAGGAUUUCCACUUGGAUGAGGACAGGACUGUGAAAGUCCCCAUGAUGUCAGAACCCAAGGCCAUCCUACGCUAUGGCUUGGACUCUGAUCUCAACUGCAAGAUUGCCCAGCUACCCUUGACAGGAAGCCUGAGCAUCAUCUUCUUCCUGCCCCUGACGGUGACCCAGAACUUAACCAUGAUAGAGGAGAGCCUCACUUCUGAGUUCAUUCAUGACAUAGACCGAGAGCUGAAGACCAUCCAGGCUGUGCUGACUGUCCCCAAGCUGAAGCUGAGCUAUGAAGGGGAAGUUACCAAGUCUCUGCAGGAGAUGAAGCUACAGUCCUUGUUUGAUUCACCUGACUUCAGCAAGAUCACAGGCAGACCUGUCAAACUCACCCAAGUGGAACACAGGGCUGCUUUUGAGUGGAAUGAGGAGGGGGCAGAAACCAGCCCCAACCCAAGCCUCCAGCCUGUCCGCCUCACCUUCCCACUAGACUAUCACCUUAACCAACCUUUCAUCUUUGUCCUGAGAGACACAGACACAGGGGCCCUUCUCUUCAUAGGCAAAAUCCUGGACCCCAGGGGCACUUAAUGCUGCUACUCAAUGUGUUCUAGGAGAAAACCCUAGAGGGAUGGCUGAUUAUAGAUUCCAGGAAGACUGCCCUAUAGCUUCAAUGUAUUCUUUGCAAUAAAAGAGCUUUUCCUUAA